AUGGAUUCCAAUAUGGAGUACAUAUACGAACAGUAUGUUGAGUCCUCCGACAGCUCGUCAGACGAGGAGGAGUACUCUGAUGAGACGGCGAUGAUUCAAGCGGUCCUUGAAGACGCGGAGCGUGCGGAGGAGCAUCUUCUCAAUUUUAAGGGCUUGAUCAAGGGCCAUCGAGUGCUCAACCGCAACAUGGGGCGCGAGCAUUUGACACUGAUGACCGACUACUUUGCCCCACAUGCACUCUUCGCUAACCAUUUCCGCCGGCGUUUUCAGAUGCGCAAGACCGUCUUCGAUCGUUUGUACCCUGGCGCCCGAUCCUACGAUGACUACUUUAUCCUGAAGAAGGGUGUUGUGGGAACGAUUGGCUUCUCUGAUUACCAGAAGCGCACGGCCGCACUCCGGAUAUUUGCAUAUGGCACAGCUGCUGAUUCGUGGGACGAGUACCUACGGAUGUCACAGAGCACAUGCAGAGAUGCCAUGGUCAGAUUGGCAACCGCCGUGGUCGAGGUGUUCGGACCUCAGUACCUGAGAGAACCAACAAUGGCAAACACCAUGAGUCUUAUGACAAUUUCAAAAGCAAGAGGGUGGCCUGGUUUGCUUGGAUCCCUUGAUUGCAUACAUUGGAAAUGGAAAAACUGCCUGAAGCCUUUACAAGGGCAAUAUCAGGGUCAUGUUAAGAAGCCCACCAUCAUUCUUGAAGCUGUUGCAUUACAUGAUACUUGGCAAUGGUAG